ACCAGUGUGACGUACAAUCCAGUUAAACGGACGCUUCUUCAACAACAACAGCAGCUAGUCAGCCACCACGGUAGCUUGCUAGCCAACAUAGCCGAAGCAUUGGAUAUCUUUAGAUCAUUUCGUUCUAUAUUAGCCACUGUGUUUUAAAAACACUUCUGACGUCGUAAAGUUAGGUAGUUACCCCCUUUCAUUUCAUAUUUACGUUGCUAUAGCUAGCUGGGUAGCUAAAACAGCCUAGUCGCUCAGGCUAACUAACUUGCCAACCUCUCCGAGCAUGAGUUUACUAAAAUACUCUCCAUCUGCUAAAGAAGAGGGGGUCUGCUGGACGGAGAAAGAAGCUCUGGGGCUGGACAUUGUCGUAAAAGAGGAGGAGGAAGAGGAUGUUCAAGUGAAAAAAGAAAAUAAAGAAAUUCCUGUGAAAGAAGAGGAAGGAGAGUUCAGAGUGAAAGAGGAGGAGGAUGUUACUGUGAACGAAGAGGAGAAAGAGAAGGAACAGGAUACCGUUUUUGGAGUGAAGGAGGAGGGGGAGAUAACUGUCACAUUGAAAGAGGAGGAUGAGACUGGAGAUCUGAUUAACACCGAAGAGAGACCAGACUCUCACUCUGACAGCGGGGAGAGUACUUCAGGGGAACCAGAUGCAGAGACGUCCAAACAAGCGAGACGACACCACUGUUCCCAGUGUGGAAAGAGUUUUACUCAGUUAAGGGGCCUGAAAAUGCAUAGGAGAAUACACACAGGAGAUACACCUUACCACUGUAUCCACUGUGGAAAGAGUUUUAGGUGGUUAGGAAGCCUAAAGGACCAUAAGAGAAUACACACGGGAGAGAAGCCUCACCACUGCUCCGAGUGUGGAAAGCGUUUUACCCGAUUACUACACCUGACAUCACAUCAAAGGACACACACAGGAGAAAAGCCUUUCCCAUGUUCCCAGUGUGGAAAGGGUUUUACCCAGUUAGGGAGCCUGAAGGAGCAUGAGAGAAUACACACAGGAGAAAGCCCUUUUCCAUGCUCCCAGUGUGGAAAGAGUUUUACCCGUUUAAGGAGCUUGAAGGGGCAUGAGAGGACACACACAGGAGAAAGGCCUUUCCAAUGUUCCCAGUGUGGAAAGGGUUUUAACCGGAUAGGGAGUCUGAAGGAGCAUGAGAGGACACACACAGGAGAAAAGCCUUUCCAAUGUUCUCAGUGUGGAAAUAGAUUUACCCGGUUAGGGAACCUGAAAGGGCAUGAAAGAAUACAUACAAAACCACAGGAGGAGGAGGAGGAGAAGAAAUACCAUUGCUCUCAUUGUGGAAAGAAAUUUUUCCGAUCAGAUGACCUGAAAACACAUGAGAGGAUAGAGAGGCUGUGUUCUGACUUAAGUUUUUGACUGAGAAUGUGUGUUUUUGUUCAUGCCACAUGAAAUCAAAUUGUAAAUGCAAAAGCUUGCUAAAGAUAUACACAAAGCAAACGUUUUACUUCAUAACUAUCAGCUUGCUAUAUGUGAAUCGUAGUAAUAUAGCUAACCAGAUAGUAUAACAAGCAAAAAUGACCUAAAACCAAUGUGAUCAAGGUAGAUGUAAAUUCUUUGUGGAUAGCUAGCUAACAAUUAUUUUUGGCUAGCUGGCUAGCUAACAGUAGUAGCUAGCAGGUUAUCUCUAUUGAUUUACUAUGGGCUUAGGACCUACGCACACUACAGUGGGUAUUGUAGGCAGGUAACCAUGCCUAAAUUAACACUGUGUGUAUUUAUUAACGUAGCAAGAUAAAAUAUUGCAGCCAGGCAACAUAUGAGAUGUGAAUAGGCAACAUUUCAUUCCAAAGUUGGAGUAUAUUUUCUCUUUCUUCAGCUCAAAUAAUGGUCUCCAUUGAGUUCAAGAAAAUUUGAGAAACAUCUACGGUGUCUUCAGAAAGUAUUCGCACCCUUUGACUUUUUCCACAUUUUCUUGUUACAAAGUGAGAUUAAAGUGGAUUUAGUUGUCAUUAUUUGUCAACAAUCGACACAAAAUAAUCAAUCAAAGUGGAAGAAAAUGUGUUACUUUUUAUUAAUGGAAAAUUAGACACUAAUAUAGGUUGGUAGGCCUCCUUGCUCGCACACGCUUUUUCAGUUCUGCCCACAAGUUUUCUAUAGGAUUGAGAUCAGGGCUUUGUGAUGGCCACUCCAAUACCUUGACUUUGUUGUCCUUAAGCCAUUUUGUCUUGAGAUGUUGCUUCAAUAUAUCCAUAUAAUUGUCCUGCCUCAUGAUACCAUCUAUUUUGUGAAGUGCUCCAGUCCCUCCUACAGCAAAGCACCCCCACAACAUGAUGCUGCCACCCCCGUGCUUCACGGUUGGGAUGGUGAAGGUACCUGAGCCCCAAAACAUCACUGCUCUAGAAGAUAUCUGCAUGGAGGAAUGGGCCAAAAUACCAGCAACAGUGUGUGAAAACCUUGUGAAAUGUUUGACCUCUGUCAUUGCCAACAAAGGGUAUAUAACAAAGUAUUGAGAUAAACUUUUGUUAUUGACCAAAUACUUAUUUUCCACCAUAAUUUGCAAAUAAAUUCAUUAAAAAUCCUACAAUGUGAUUUAAAAAAAGAAAUUGUUCUCAUUUUGUCUGUCAUAGUUGAAGUGUACCUAUGAUGAAAAUUACUGGCCUCUCUCAUCUUUUUAAGUGGGAGAACUUGCACAAUUGGUGGCUGACUAAAUACUUUUUUUGCCCCACUGUAUGUACAAUGGGUCCCUUCUCUGUCUCUUCCACUCUCUUUCCCCACCCCAUUCAUUGUGUAACAAGCCGUCAUAUCGGGUUAGUCCAUUAGGGACUUUUCAUUGCAUUUUGUUAGUUAUCGAUGUAUAAUCUAUCCUGUGUGUGUGUGUGUUUAUGUAAUUCUCUGUGAUGUUAGUAAAUAAAUCAUUAAGCCAA